AUGGAGCCGCAGCGUCCUUAUACUUUUGUUUUCUCAGCUACAAUUGGAGCCAGUCAAACUCUGCAACAUCUGGUUUAUCUUGGCAAACUUGCAAUUAGAAAUGUUGCUCCGAAUGCGGUUAUGAAUGUCGUUAGCGCAUUUGAUAAGGUCUCAGUCGUUACCGCUGACAGAAUUUCUGUUGGUGAUGAGAAACGGGCUGUACGAAGUAGUCGCAAAUGGAUUUUUGCUGGAUAA